AUGGAGGACCACUACCACUACGAGGACUCCCUCUUCCCCACUUCCACACUUAUCCCUGUUACUGUCAUCUGUUUGCUCCUCUUCCUGGUAGGUGUAACUGGCAAUGCUAUGACCAUCCUCAUCAUCCAGCACUUCAAGGACAUGAAGACCACCACCAACCUCUACUUGUCCAGCAUGGCUGUGUCUGACCUGGUCAUCUUCCUAAGCCUCCCCUUUGACCUUUACCGCCUGUGGAAGUACACACCUUGGGUCUUUGGUGAACUAGUGUGCCGUCUGUCACACUAUAUCAAUGAGGGCUGCACCUAUGCCACCAUCCUGCACAUUACUGCGCUCAGUGUGGAGCGUUACCUGGCCAUCUGCUUUCCACUCAAAGCCAAGGUGCUGGCAACCAAGCAACGGGUGAAGUUUGUUAUCCUGGCCAUGUGGGGCUUUGCUCUACUCUCAGCUACUCCUGUCAUCUUCCUGGUAGGGGUGGAAUAUGACAAUGACACGCACCUGGAUGAUAGUACGCGCCAGUGCAAGCCCACCAGAUACGCGAUUGCCUCAGGCCUCCUGCACACCACCAUCUGGGUGUCCACGGUCUACUUCUUCUGCCCCAUGUUCUGCCUUAUUUUUCUGUAUGGCUCCAUUGGCCGGAAGCUCUGGCGAAGCAAAGGAGACCUGCAGGGUCCCAGUGCCAUGGGUCGUAAGAGGUCACAUAAGCAGACCAUCAAAAUUCUGGCGGUGGUGGUCCUGGCCUUUGCCAUCUGCUGGUUGCCCUUCCAUGUCGGGCGAAACCUCUUCACUCAUGUGGAUGAUUACUUCGGCGCCAAGCUGAGCCAGGACUUCAACGUGGCCUCAAUGGUGCUGUUCUACCUGAGCGCCUCCAUCAACCCCAUACUCUACAACGUGAUGUCGCGCAAGUACCGAGCGGCUGCUUGGCAACUCUUCUUCCGUCACCGCCACCGUCGCCGCCGCCACCGGAACCAAGUGCUGCGGGCAGAGCAGAAGCAUCCUUUGUCCCAGGAGGAUGCCCAUACCUGCCAAGAGAGCUUCGUAGUAGUGUAUGAUGAGGGGAACACACCUUGCCCCCAUCUGCAAGACUGUCGAAAGGAGGAGGGCUGGGGGAAGGAGGCUCAGGAUGGAGAGGAUUUAAGUAAUGAAAAAGGUGAGAGACUAAGAGGCAUGGGACUACCUGUGGAUGAGUAA